AUGCCAUGGCAACGAGUCCGCGCCCCGCGCACUGCUGCUUCUCCGGCCGGACCCAGGCUGGACCGCGGGCCCCGGCCUGGGGGCCACAGCUGCCACCGCAGCCGCCACCUCGUCUUCUCCCCGUCCCCGCUCCGCCGCGCGUCUCCUCGCCUCUUUCGGGCCCACGGCCGGGGUCCCUCCCCGCCGCCACACCCCGCGCGGAUGCCGAAGGUCAAGGCUCUGCAAUGCGCCCUAGCGCUGGAGAUCCGCUCUGUGACCUGUCCAGGAGUGGUGCUGACAGACAAGGAGGACAUCUACCUUAGCAUCUGUGUGUUUGGCCAGUACAAAAAGACACAAUGUGUCCCAGCCACUUUUCCAUUGGUCUUCAAUGCCAGAAUGGUGUUUGAAAAGGUGUUCCCAGAAGCAGUGGACCCUGGAGAUGUGGUUGCACAGCUGGAAUAUGAUACAGCAUUAUUUGAGUUGAUUCAACUAGUUCCACCAGUGGGUGAAACACUGUCUGCAUAUGAUGAAAACACACGCGAUUUCAUGUUUCCGGGUCCGAACCAACUCUCUGGGCACCACGACUCCAACCGCCAGGUCACCAUGAGCAGGAUUUCUGGCCUUCGCGGAAUUGCUCCAAAGCUGGAAUUUUCUACAACCUCAGUGAUUACUGAAUGUCUGAUAAGUUCAAGGAAGUGCCGCACUCAGGAUAAGUAUAUGUACCAUACGGCUCCAGUUGAAAAAUCACACGGCAGACUGCAAAGCAGAUCAUCAAGAUCGCAAAAGAAGAAAUCCAAGUCCCCUGAGAGAAAUAAAUAUUGUAUAAAUGCAAAAAACUACGAACAGCCUACGAUAUCUUCAAAGUCACACUCUCCAUCCCCCUACACAAAAAGACGCAUGUGUGAGCUAUCAGAAGACACCAGGCGGCGGCUGGCGCACUUAAAUCUGGGACCCUAUGAAUUCAAAAAAGAAACAGAUAAACCUCCAUUUGUGAUUAGACAUGUCGAUCCCCCAAGUCCCAGGGCUGAUCACUUUUUGGGGUCUUCUGGCAGAGACUGUGAAAGAGAUGGAUGGUCCAGGAUGCACAAUGAUCAUUCUCAUCUUGGCAGCUACAGACCCAAGGAUUAUAAGGUUAUUAGGACACCCCAUGGGAGAGACUUCGAUGACUCUUUGGAAAGAUGUGAUGAGUAUUUGAGCCCAAGGUCAUGUAGCAAGCCCCAGCAUUCCGCGAGGACCAUACAUGUCCACUCAGCACCCUCAACAAUGCUGAAGCAUUCUCCAAGCCCUGUGUUAAAUCGUGCUUCUCUCAGGGAAAGAUUCCAUUCUGACUGGUGUUCACCUUCAAACUGUGAUGAGAUCCAUGACCGGGUAAAAAAUGUCUUGAAAUCACAUCAGGCUCAUCAAAGACAUUUAUAUGAUGAAAGAGAUACAGAAAAAGAAGAAGAACUAGAACUAAAAAGAGGUCUUUUUUGCAGAGACUAUGCCUAUGACAGUGACCCUGAGUACAGCUCAUUUCAGCGGCCACAUGGCACAAUCCAUUUGGAUGAUGGUGAAUACUGGUCCAACAGGGCAGCCACUUAUAAAGGAAAAUCCCACCGACCCAUCUUUGAGAACAGCAUGGAAAAGCUGUACAGGAACUUGUACAAGAAGGCCUGUAGUUCUGCUUCUCAUACACAGGAAAGCUUCUGAGGCCACCCACGAUAAACCGUGUGAAUGUUCGUGUCAACUUCCCAAUGAAAACGUUUGAUGCGAUCGA